CUUCAACUUCCGCAGCAGUUAUUUCCAGAUCCUUUCAACGCCACAGCCGUCUUCUGGCAGAAGUCAACGGCCCAAGGAAGACAGUCGCAUACUUGAGCUCUGCAUAUUGAGCUCCGGCUUCUGCGACUCAAGUGCGGCUUUGUCACAAUGUCAACAUCGCAAGGAGUCAAUGUACUCCGGUGGUCAGCUCUUAUCGGAGGUAUCUUCUACGGAUUUUCGCAUCAAAGAACUAUCAACGCACACACUGCAGCAGCACGCGAGAAGGCCGAAUACGAUCACAAAGCUGAAUUAAUACAAAAAGCCAAGCUGGAAUGGGCAAAGAAGACACUACCUCCCCAAUCCAAGACCGGCAGUGGUGACAUCAUUACGGAUCCCAAUGACAAGAAUUUCGAUCUCGAAGCCUACCUGACAAAGCUUUCCGCAGAAAGCUGAGCGAUGACUACGGGCCAAGGAGGGAAGCGACAAAACUUGAGGAUAGGUGAUAUCUCGAAAAGCUUGGGGAAAACCACGAUAGAGACGGGCGUUGAUUCGAGUUGAUACCCAAGUGGUCUGGUCUUGGAGAUGGCGGACGUCGCCUUCGCACCGGAAGGAAAGCGUUGGCGGCUCGCAUACAGCUUGUACAUACUGGUUGAAGGCACGCGCUGUUCUAAUCUGCGCUGCAUGUAAAAUCAUGAUCCCAUUGACAAGGAUGAGAAUAUCUGCGCUUGCCCUGUUGCAUGGUGCACGAUGUCAUGUCGAUACCUGUUACCAACGCCGGCAUCAAGGUCUGCCAGCCGUGGUCGGAUGUUUGAAGCAAGACCAGAGUGCAGCAUCUAGAGAGAUCGCCUUUCGUCAACCCAGAAUCACCAAGGCGGUUCAGUCAUUCAUUGCACAGGUGCACCUGACCAUCGGUUGGAGCUCCUAAUCGUCUCUGACACCGCUGCCGUACUCUGCAGAUACCACACCCUACC